UUGUUUUUUACAUUAUAGUAUACCAAAAUAACGCAACGAAUUUGGAUAACUCACUCAUGUUGCUGCGUCACUUACAGCUCAUAUCUAUCAUGCGCUCAAAUACGAUGACAUCAUCACUGUCCGAUUUAUAGUUUGCAUCAUGAUAGUAAUGUAGAAUGACAAUGCGUAUUUCGUUAGAUCAUGCAGUUUCCGUACCCGGAAAAGUUUCGUUUUCAUUCAUUUAUAAAAGGAUUUUCCAUUAUUAAUCAUAAAUAAAAUAGUCCAUAUGUCCAAGGACAAGUACGUAGUCAUACAAAAUCAUGAUGGUUCAAGUAAAUUAUAAUAUAAUUCUAGAUUAAUAGCGCUAUUUCCCCUUGGAAAUUUUAAACCGAUUAUCACAUUAUAAAGUUAUCAUUAUGAUAACAGAGUGAUAUUGUGCGUGUUAAUCAACCAUAAUUAAAGGCUAGGUCGAAUGAUUAAUCCAAUGCAGGAACCGUAUUUGCGUGACAUUGAUGUUACCAGAAAUUGUGAAAGAGCGAUAGCAAUGAGGUAACUACAAAAAGUAGUAUGAGACAAGUUCUUCUAUGACUAAUAGAAUUCUAGGUAUGUAUGUAUAUACAUCGGAUUCUUUCCUAUUUAUAGAAAUCAAGAAUCGAUCUUAUACAAAUAUGAAAGUAUGGCGGUGUAACUGCAAUGUACAUAUGUAGCAUUUUUUUUUACUAUCAUAGUAAUUCACGGCAGUGUAAUUCCUAUUCAAUUCACAUUUCAUUUUGUACUCUUUAAAAUGAGUUAUCACUGUCAUACUAUAUAUACACCACUCCUACAUCUAAUUACGUCAGAAAUGUGAAUGUCCAAUCGUGCGGUGUCUAUUGAUCGAUCGUUAAACCUACUUUUAUACCAUUGGUUGAUCCAUCUGAUUGAAUAUGGCGCGAGAAUUUAAUAUUCAUUUGUUUCAAUGUACUUGGAAAUCAUUGAAAACGUCUUGAUAGCAAAUUAAAAUUUUUCUAGCAUAUAUCGGUUUAGAUUUUUAAGCACUGUAUGUUUGCCUUGGGCAUAAAAGAAGCGUGCGUCCACAUAUGAAAUAAAAAUUAAUUGUCUACAAAUACGUCUGAUAAUUCUUGUACGUAAUAAAAAAAAAAUUAUUCAAAUCAAGGUAGGUUAAAGUAGAGUCGAGAUCGAUAUUAAUUGAUAAGGAAGGAUCGAUGGAAAUUUAUAUUUGAUUUCUUGACCGUUAUGAGAUAGUUUAAAGCGAUACAGACAACCUCGUAGGUAAUGUUGUAGGCAAUGCUGUGGCAAAGUAUCGAUCGUGAACGCGUUGUAAGCACUGACGGCGACGCAAACCCGUGAACGGUGCGAAAAGCUCCCAAGAACAAAAACCGGUGUACAAGUGGGCGGCGGUUUUGGUUGGGAUAUUUUCUCUCUUGUGAUAGCAUUCAGAAUAAAUUGUUUAAGAUGACUGAUCAGGAAGAGUUGGAUUACUACAUCAUGUUUCCGUCCUGCAUUGCAACGCAAAAGGACGUAACCGCUUCCACCGGUAAAGAACAACGCGAGGAAUUCGUUUUCAUCUAUGAGGAGGAGAAACGGCCUGUGGUCGUACUUCUUGGAUGGGCAGGAUGUCAGGACAAAUACCUGGCAAAAUACAGUGCGAUUUAUGAAGAUAAAAGUGUUUUUUAAGUUGUUUAUCGCUAACAGUUGCAUAACACUGCGAUACACUGCACCAGUCGAAUGCCUCUUUUGGCACAGGGAUAGAAUGAAACGAAUUGGUCGAAGAUUGGUUGAAGUCAUCUCGGAAAAGAAUCUUGACAAGCAUCCGAUAUUCUUUCAUGUCUUCAGCAACGGCGGCGCUUAUCUUUAUCAGCAUGUCAGUCUUGCAAUGCAGCAGACUAAUUCCAAGCUUAAGGUCAAGGGCGUCAUCUUUGAUAGUGCACCAGGUGAAAGAAGAUUGACAUCAUUGUUCAAAGCGAUUAGUGCUAUCUUAGGCGGACAUCCGUUGACGAAUCUCCCUAUGUCUUUCUUUAUCACUGUCUUCCUCUCUAUGCUGUGGCUCUUUGAAGUAAUUGCUCAUCCUUGGAGAAAAGGGUGUCCCGUACAAACGAAUCCUAUCUCCCUUGCCGAGGAAGCCUAUUCCUGGCCUCAAUUGUUUCUGUAUUCGAACAGCGAUACACUCAUCCCAGCAGCGGAUGUUGAAAAAUUCGCCAGCCGUCGCGCGGAACGAGGAGUUUGCGUGCAACUUGUAUUAUUCACGAAUUCGCCUCACGUGAAGCAUUAUGCUACUUACCGCGAUGUUUACGUCAAUACAGUGUGCACCUUUAUACAUGAAUGUUUGACAAUGCAGAGUCCAUCAACUUCCUUAGGAGAAUUGAAGCAGCGCGACAUUGAACACAAUGAGGAUGAGACAUACGAAUCACUUCCACGCCUUACAAAGCGUGUUGUGCUUCCACACGAGGCCAAGCAAUAGUGCAAUGUAGAAUACGGAGCCUAAACAAUUUUGCUGCAUAUAUGUAUAACCGACAAGCAAGUGACACACAAAGGAGCACUUGCACUUUCUCAGAGCGUAUCUGCUACGAUAGAAAUUAACAUACAAAUUAUUUAGAACGAGAGAAAAAGAAAGAGAUAGACGAAGAAGUAUACGGAAGGGAAGAAUUUAUAAACUCAAAAUUUCAAUAACAUCUCUUAUCAAUCAAAUUUGAAAUUCUACGUACGUUAACCUUCCCGGUAUUAGAGAGUCAAUAAACAUUCGAAAAUUUCGUUCAACUCAUAUAUGUAUACUGUAUGAAGGUGCUUCGAUAAGAUUUAGUUAUAACUAAAUAAUAAUAAUUUCGCGUACAGUAACGGCUAGGCGUUGUACAGGUUUAUUAACUUUGUUGUGCUACGUUUAAAAGAGAGCAAAAGUAUGUAGCGUUUAUAUAUGUGUUAAUUUUGUACAGUAUUGAAUUUCCAAUAAUUGACGAAAUUUUUUGUUUGUUGAAAUACCACAUUAAACAUCGUUGCCUAUUUAAAUAUGGAUGUCACGUUAGUGAAGAAUUGGAAUGCUUAUCGUUAAAUCGCACUGUUAGUAUGAGAUCUUGUACUCUUUAAUGGCCAUUUUAUGUAGAUUAAAAUGCAGUAAACGAUUAAAACAAUAAGCGUGUUAACGUUGACCGAUGAUACCAGUGCUAUUGGAUAUAAAAAUUAGGAAUAUCGAGCUGGUCUUGAUGUUGCUUUGUCUGCGUAUUAAUGUUGCGGUAGUAAUUUAAAUUUUAUGUUUUAAAUUAUCGAAGAACUGUUAAUCUCUAAAUACGAUUAUAUUUUGAUCUGUUAAUCAGUUAAAAAUAAAGACUGAUAAAUAACUUUAA